AUGCACCAGCACAUCGACUCUGCUUUGAUAUCGGCGUUCGUCGAGAGGUGGCAGCCGGAUACGAACACCUUUCACAUGCCCUGGGGAGAGAUGACGAUUAUGUUGCACGACGUGCAACGCAUAUUGGGCAUUUCUAUUGAUGGUUCUCUGCCGGCUGAGCCUUCGGAGGCGGAGUGGGAGGUUGGUAUCACCAAUCUGGUCGGCGAGCCUCUGUCUGAGCUUCGACGUAAAGGUUCAUUCACCAGCGGAUGCAUAAGCGUUGCUGAACUGAUGCGGCUGUGUCAUAGGUCGCAUGCCUUGGAUACCCAGACCACAGCGUACUACAUGGCUGUCAUUGGCUCUACCUUGUUGGCGGAUAAGACCAGGACUGGCAUGCGACCUCACCCGAUAGUUGUAGUCAACGACGAUGAACAGGACGUGGCUUGGGGUGCGGUGACUUUGGCGUUCUUGUACAGGCAGCUCGGAAUGGCAUCUAGGGCUGGUUGCAAGACCAUUGCUGGAUGCCUCACAUUGCUCCAGACAUGGAUCUAUGAGUACUUCCCCGCUUUCCGCCCUCAUCCUCGCCGAGAUGAUGUGCCAAACACGACUAGGGCGGAGAUGUGGACGCCGAAGAAAGUAGGUCGUGAGCUGGACAGGUUGAUAUCAUUCCGCAAGGUUCUGGACUCAAUGACAGAGACUCAGGUUGAAUGGACUCCCUACAAUUGUGGAGCUGCUGCGUUGCUGCAUGAGCACCCACGCACCACAGUCAUCGGGGGUAUCACCUGCUUUGAUGUUGUGGAGGUGUAUUUGCCGGAGCGGGCAUUGCGACAGAUUGGGUUCGUGCAGUCUAUUCCUCCAGCUCCUAUGAGACUAGCCAAGGCUCUUCGACCAGCACACGGAACCUACUCCGUGACCUUUCCUUCUUCUGCUGCUGCAUUUGUGGAGGCGUGGAGUAGGUUCCCCUACAGUGGCCGCCUUGUUGAGCAGGGACUUCGACGGGCUGCUGUUCCUUCAGAGACUGAACCUAAUUACGUUGAAUGGUUCAGAGUUUGCUCGCACCCGUACAUAUCCCGAGACGAAUUGCUGGCUUCCGGUCCUGGUCCUGGUCAGAGCAGAUCUGAUUACUUAGCGAAAGAAUGGGCCAGUCGAUUCUCUCCAGUGGCAAGACUACCUACGCGGCUUGCGGAUUUGAACUCCCGUCAACGACAUGCGUUAGAAAUAUACCUUAAUAAUUGUAGAGAAUUAUAUGAUCAAUGGCAUACUGAAUAGUCUGUACUGAAACUAUUUUACAUUAUUUAUUGCAUUUAAUUUCGUCAAUGAUUGCAUUUAAUUUACAUAAAUAUACACACUAACCCACAUCACACAAAUACAUGUAUAUUUGUCUACCAGCAUUAUAAAUUCCUCCUAUUAAUCAAAGAAAUAAAUAAAUUGUUAACAGCACACACUGUAG